GAGUCUCGCUCUGUCUCCCAGGCUGGAGUGCAGUGGCACGAUCUCGGCUCACUGCAAGCUCCACCUCCUGGGUUCAUGCCAUUCUCCUGCCUCAGCCUCCUGAGUAGCUGGGACUACAGGCACCUGCGGCCACGCCCGGCUAAUUUUUUGUAUAUUUAGUAGAGACGGAGUUUCACCAUGUUAGCUAGGAUGGUCUCGAUCUCCUGACCUCAUGAUCUGCCCGCCUCGGCCUCCCAAAGUGCUGGGAUUACAGGCGCUCUGAGCCACUGCACCCGGCCUAAAAAUAUAUAUUUUUUAAAUUGAUGAGGAGGAAUUCCUCCUAAACUCAUUCUAUGAAACUAGUAUCACCCUAAUAACAAGAUCUGGCAAGGAUAACACAAAAACAGAAAACUAUGGGCCAAUAACCCUGAUGAACGUAGAUGCAAAAGUCCUCAACAAAAUACUAGCAAACUGAAUCCAACAGCACAUCAAAAAGAUAAUUCAUCAUGAUCAAGUGGGUUUUAUUCUGGGAACACAAGGAUGGUUCAACACAUGCAAAUCAAUAAAUGUGAUUCACCACAUAAACAGAAUUAAAAACAAAAAUCACAUGAUCAUCUCAAUAUGCAGAAAAAACAUGCAAUAAAAUCCAACAUCUCUUCUUGAUAAAAAUUCUAAAUAAACUAGGCAUUAAAGGAACAUAACUGAAAAUACUAAGAACCAUAUUUGACAAACCCACAGCCCACAUCAUACUUACAGGGAAAAAUUGAAAGCAUUUCCUUUAGGAACUGGACCAAGACAAGGAUGCGCACUUUCACCACUCCUAUUCAACAUAGUAAUUCUAGCUAGAGCAAUCAGGCAGGAGAAAGAAAUUAAAGGCAUCCAAAUCGGAAAAGUGGAAGUCAAAUUAUCUCUGUUCACUGCGGACAUAAUCUUACAUUUAAAAAACCCAAAUGAUUCCUCCAAAAGACUCCUAGACCUGAUCAAUAACUUUGCUAAAGUUUCAGGAUACAAAAUUAACACACCAUAAUCAGUUGCAUUUCUGUACACCAACAAUGGUCAAGCAGAAUAUCAAAUAAAAAACUCAGUCCCAUUUACAAUAGCCAUACAAAAACAUAAACUAUCUAGGAAUACAUUCAAGAUGGUGAAAGACUUCUACAAAGCAGAAUUAUGAAACAAUGAAACUGUAGAUGACACAAACAAAUGGAAAAACAUCCCUUGCUCAUGGGCAGGAAGAAUCAAUGUCAUUAAAAUGACUAUACUGCCCAAAGCAAUCUAGAAAGUCAAUGCAACUUCCUAUUAAAUUACCAAUGUUAUAUUUCACAGAAUUAGAAAAAACAAUUAUAAAAUUCAUAUGGAACCAAAAAGUGCCUUAAUAGCCAAAGCAAUCCUAAGCAAAAAGAAUAAAGCUGCAAGCAUUACAUAACCUGACUUCAGACUACACUACAAGUCUAAUGUAACCAAAACAGCAUGCUACCGGUACAAAAAUAGACACAUAGAUCAAUGGAGCAGAAUAGAGAACCCAGAAAUAAAGCCACAAACCUGAUCUUCAACGAAGUCAACAAAAAUCAACAAUGGGGAAAGGAUACCCUACUCAAUAAAUAGUGCUGGGAAAGCUGGCUAUCUAUAUACGGAAGAAUAAAACUGGACCCCUAUUUCUUACCAUAUACAAAAAUUAACUGAAGAUAGAUUAAAGGCUUCAAUGUAAGACCUCAAACUAUAAAUAUUAUACUAGAAGAAAAUCUAGGGGAAACUCUUCUGGACAUUGGCCUAGGCAAAAAAUUUAUGACUAAGACCUCAACAACAAAUGCAACAAAACCAAAAGUAGACAAAUGGGACUUCAUUAAAGAGUUUUUCUGCACAGGAAAAGAAAUAAUCAACAGAGCAAAUAGACAAUAUACAGAAUGGGAGAAAAUAUUUGCAAACUAUGAAUCUGACAAAGGACUAAUAUCCAAAAUUUGUAAAGAAGUUAAAUCAAAAAGAAAAAAAACCACAAAAAUUUCAUUAAAAAGUAGACAAAGGGAUAUGAACAGACACUUCUCAAAAUAAGACAUACAAGUGACUAACAAACUUAUGGAAAAUGCUCAACAUCACUAAUCAUCAGAGAAAUGCAAAUUAAAACCACAGUGAGAUGCCAUCUCAUACUAGUCAGAAUAGCUAUUAUGAAAAAAGCCAAUAGAUAGCAGAUGUUGGAGAGGAUGUGGAGAAAAGGAAAUGCAUAUACACUGUUGGUGGAAAUGUAAAUUAGUUAAACACUUUUGGAAAACAUUAUGGGCAUUUCUCAAAUAACUAAAAGUAGAACUACCCUUUGAUCCAGCAACCCCACCACUAUGUAUAUACAUAAAGGAAAAUAAAUCAUUUUAUCAAAAAGAUACCUGUACUUAUAUAUUUAUUGAGCACUAUUCACAAUAGCAAAGUCAUGGAAUUGACCUAAGUGUCCAUCAAAAGUUGAUUGGAAUAAAAAAAAUGUGGUAUAUAUACACUGUGGAAUACUACACAGCCAUAAAAAGUAAUGAAAUUGUGUCCUUUGCAACAACAUGGAUAGAGCUGGAGGCCAUGAUCUUAAGUGAAAUAACUCAGAAACAAAUAAACAAAUAUCGCAUGUUCUCACAUAGAAGUGAAGUACACAUGGACAUAAAGAUGGAAAUAAUAGAUACUGGGGACUCCAAAAGGUGGGGGCUGGGGGAAAGCACAUGUUGAAAAGUUACCUAUUUGGUACAGUGUUCACUAUUUGGGUAAUGGGUUCACUAGAAACCCAAAACUCACAAUUAUGCAAUAUACCCCCGUUAACAAACCUGCACAUAUAUCCCUUGAAUUUAACAGAAAAGGGGAAAAAGAUGACAGCAGUGUUGUGUGUGCUGCAGGGAGCAUAAAGAAAAUUACAGGCUAUAGAUUCAGCAAGUUGGCAAAUUAUUCACAUGACAUCCAGAAUACCCGACAGAUAGUUAUAAUGGUGAAAAAAGUCUGCAACAUUUAAGACAUUAUAUAAUGCAUGGUACAUUUUAACUCAGAGGCAAUAAAGAACAAAGGAAUGGGUAGAAAAUGAAUAAUCACACAUGUGUAAAUUGUCAAAUAAUUAGGAUAAAGCAUGUGAAUUAAAAAAUAGAAAUAAUGACUUGAAAGUGUCUUUUUUCUCUUUACGGAAAAAGAAAGUUAUGCUUCUCUGGUUUUUGAUAAGAAUAAACAUACAGUGAAGUCAAUUUUUAAAAGGAGUAAUGCAGAAUAAAAAUCCAUAAAACUACCAAAAAAAAGUCACAUAAUUGUAUACUUAAAAAAACAAAAAACAAAAAACAAAAAACACUGCUCCCAGAGCAAUGGCAUAAGAAGACUAUCGCAAGGACAAAAAACCAAACACCGCUUGUUCUCACUCAUAGAUGGGAACUGAACAAUGAGAACACAUGGACACAGGAAGGGGAACAUCACACUCUGGGGACUGUUGUGGAGUGGGGGGAGUGGGGAGGGAUAGCAUUGGGAGAUAUACCUAAUGCUAAAUGGCGAGUUAACGGGUGCAGCACACCAGCAUGGCACAUGUAUACAUAUGUAACUAACCUGCACAUUGUGCACAUGUACCCUAAAACUUAAAGUAUAAUAAUAAUAAUAAUAAAAAAAAUAAAAUAAAUCUGGAUUAAAAAAAAAAAAAGAAGACAUCCUUCUGUGGAAUUCCAUAACAUUGCUAGUUAGUAAGUAGACAGGAAGUAAUUUCCCUAAUAAAAUGUAUGUAUCAUUUAGAUUUAUUAAUUAAAACUACUGAAGAACUUGUAUUUGAGCUAUUCUAAUGCAAGCAUUCAUGCCAAGGUGUCAUUCCAUUCUUGCAUUUACACAUGGGAUCAAAUAAAUGAAAUCCCCCAAUCCCCAUCUGCGUCUCAAAAAAGUCACUGACUGCUGGAAAACAACAGAUAUUCUCUCCUGGAAACGAAUCAGAAGGCAAAGCAUCAUUUGGUAGCCAGCAUAUGAUUCAGCAGAGCUUUGUAUAAAAGUAUAAAGUUCAAAAGCAACCCCAAAAAAGCUCGGGAAGUAGUGGACUGUUUUUACCCCUCCUGGGAUCACCACUGACAGCAUCCAUGAAGUUCUGACAGAAGAACACACCAGGAUGACAAAGUAGUGACUUUUAAAGAGCAGCCAACAACAAGCAUAUAGGGAAUCUCUCAGCAAAUACAGAAUCCAUCUGAGAAUAUGCUGCCACAAAUAACCUUUUUGCUGCUAGUAUCCUUGAACUUGGUUCAUGGAGUGUUUUACGCUGAACGAUACCAAACGCCCACAGGCAUAAAAGGCCCACUACCCAACACCAAGACACAGUUCUUCAUUCCCUACACCAUAAAGAGUAAAGGUAUAGCAGUAAGAGGAGAGCAAGGUAUUCCUGGUCCACCAGGCCCUGCUGGACCUCGAGGGCACCCAGGUCCUUCCGGACCACCAGGAAAACCAGGCUACGGAAGUCCUGGACUCCAAGGAGAGCCAGGGUUGCCAGGACCACCAGGACCAUCAGCUGUAGGGAAGCCAGGUGUGCCAGGACUCCCAGGAAAACCAGGAGAGAGAGGACCACAUGGACCAAAAGGAGAUAUUGGACCAGCUGGCCUACCAGGACCCCGGGGCCCACCGGGACCACCUGGAAUCCCUGGACCGGCUGGAAUUUCUGUGUCAGGAAAACCUGGACAACAGGGACCCACAGGAGUCCCGGGACCCAGGGGCUUUCCUGGAGAAAAGGGUGCACCAGGAGUCCCUGGUAUGAAUGGACAGAAAGGGGAAAUGGGAUAUGGUGCUCCUGGUCGUCCAGGUGAGAGAGGUCUUCCAGGCCCUCAGGGUCCCACGGGACCACCUGGCCCUCCUGGAGUGGGAAAAAGAGGUGAAAAUGGGGUUCCAGGACAGCCAGGCAUCAAAGGUGAUAGAGGUUUUCCAGGAGAAAUGGGACCAAUUGGCCCACCAGGUCCCCAAGGCCCUCCUGGGCAACGAGGACCAGAAGGCAUUGGAAAGCCAGGAGCUGCUGGAGCCCCAGGCCAGCCAGGGAUUCCAGGAACAAAAGGUCUCCCUGGGGCUCCAGGAAUAGCUGGGCCCCCAGGGCCUCCUGGCUUUGGGAAACCAGGCUUGCCAGGCCUGAAGGGAGAAAGAGGACCUGCUGGCCUUCCUGGGGGUCCAGGUGCCAAAGGGGAACAAGGGCCAGCAGGUCUUCCUGGGAAACCAGGUCUGACUGGACCCCCUGGGAAUAUGGGACCCCAAGGACCAAAAGGCAUCCCGGGUAACCAUGGUCUCCCAGGCCCUAAAGGUGAGACAGGGCCAGCUGGGCCUGCAGGAUACCCUGGGGCUAAGGGUGAAAGGGGUUCCCCUGGGUCAGAUGGAAAACCAGGGUACCCAGGAGAACCAGGUCUCGAUGGUCCUAAGGGUAACCCAGGGUUACCAGGCCCAAAAGGUGAUCCUGGAGUUGGAGGACCUCCUGGUCUCCCAGGCCCUGUGGGCCCAGCAGGAGCAAAGGGAAUGCCUGGACACAAUGGAGAGGCUGGCCCAAGAGGCGCCCCUGGAAUACCAGGUACUAGAGGCCCUAUUGGGCCACCAGGCAUUCCAGGAUUCCCUGGGUCUAAAGGGGAUCCAGGAAAUCCCGGUCCUCCUGGCCCAGCUGGCAUAGCAACUAAGGGCCUCAAUGGACCCACCGGGCCACCAGGGCCUCCAGGUCCAAGAGGUCACUCUGGAGAGCCUGGCCUUCCGGGGCCCCCUGGGCCUCCAGGCCCACCAGGUCAAGCAGUCAUGCCUGAGGGUUUUAUAAAGGCAGGCCAAAGGCCCAGUCUUUCUGGGACACCUCUUGUUAGUGCCAACCAGGGGUUAACAGGAAUGCCUGUGUCUGCUUUUACUGUUAUUCUCUCCAAAGCUUACCCAGCAAUAGGAACUCCCAUACCAUUUGAUAAGAUUUUGUAUAACAGGCAACAGCAUUAUGAGCCAAGGACUGGAAUCUUUACUUGUAGGAUACCAGGAAUAUACUAUUUUUCAUACCACGUGCAUGUGAAAGGGACUCACGUUUGGGUAGGCCUGUAUAAGAAUGGCACCCCUGUAAUGUACACCUAUGAUGAAUACACCAAAGGCUACCUGGAUCAGGCUUCAGGGAGUGCCAUCAUCGAUCUCACAGAAAAUGACCAGGUCUGGCUCCAGCUGCCCAAUGCCGAGUCAAAUGGCCUAUACUCCUCUGAGUAUGUCCACUCCUCUUUUUCAGGAUUCCUAGUGGCUCCAAUGUGAGUACACCCCACAGAGCUAAUCUAAAUCUUGUGCUAGAAAAAGCAUUCUCUAACUCUACCCCACCCUAUAAAAUGCAUAUGGAGGUAGGCUGAAAAGAAUGUAAUUUUUAUUUUCUGAAACACAGAUUUGAGCUAUCAGACCAACAAACCUUCCCCCUGAAAAGUGAGCAGCAAUGAAAAAAUGUAUGUGAAGCCUCUCUUGAAUUUCUAGUUAGCAAUCUUAAGAAAACCUUAAAGAUAAGGUUUUCUCCAAUAUUAAAAAAUAUCACCAAAGAAGUCCUGCUAUGUUAAAAACAAAAAACAAAAAACAAACAAACAAAAAAAAUCAUUUAAAAAAAAACAGAAAUAGAGCUCUAAGUUAUGUGAAAUUUGAUUUGAGAAACUCGGCAUUUCCUUUUUAAAAAAGCCUGUUUCUAACUAUGAAUAUGAGAACUUCUAGGAAACAUCCAGGAGGUAUCAUAUAACUUAAAUACUUGAAUAUUCAAAUUUAAAAGACACUGUAUCCCCUAAAAUAUGUCUGAUGGUGCAUUACUCUGAGGCCUGUAUGGCCCCUUUCAUCAAUAUCUAUUCAAAUAUACAGGUGCAUAUAUACUUUUUAAAGCUCUUAUAUAAAAAAGCCCCAAAAUAUUGAAGUUCAUCUGAAAUGCAAGGUGCUUUCAUCAAUGAACCUUUUCAAACUUUUCUAUGAUUGCAGAGAAGCUUUUUAUAUACCCAGCAUAACUUGGAAACAGGUAUCUGACCUAUUAUUAUUUAUUUAACACAAGUGUGAUUAAUUUGAUUUCUUUAAUUCCUUAUUGAAUCUUACGUGAUAUGAUUUUCUGGAUUUACAGAACAUUAGCACAUGCACCUUGUGCCUCCCAUUCAAGUGAAGUUAUAAUUAACACUGAGGGUUUCAAAAUUCGACUAGAAGUGGAGAUAUACUAUUUAUUUAUGCUCUGUACUGUAUUUUUAUAUUGCUGUUUAAAACUUUUAAGCUGUGCCUCACUUAUUAAAGCACAAAAUGUUUUACCUACUCCUUAUUUACUACGCAAUAAAAUAACAUCAAUAGA